AACUUUGAAAUUUGUAGAAUAUUCAUAAUGGAUUGAUGUUGUUGAUAUUGUUUGUGUCUGCUUUGUUUCAUACUUUUGUGAAUAAUGCAUUGAUAUGGAACUGAAUCGAUUGGCUGCUUUGUUUCAUAUCGAUGUUCAAGGAGUAUUAGUGUCGGAAGCAUGUCUGUACUCAUAAAUGUCAAGAAACUGACAGCAGUUUCGGUGAUUCGUAUGUUGCGGUGUUAAAUAACGAUUUUCAUACACGCCGUACCUACUGCCGUAAAGCAAGUAAUUUAGGCCUUCAAAGUUUUCUUUUUACCGGAUGGAUGCUCACAGCUCUCACCACGGCCAUAUAAUUGAAAUCAGUGGAGAUCUUCCUGAUGCAGGAAGGAAGAUUUGCGGCGAAGCACCAUGUGGAUUCUCAGAUGCUGGAUCCAUCUCUCUGGAUUCUAAGGAACGUUCGACCUCUAUGCGAAAGCUUUUGGUAGCAGUGAUCCUUUGUGUUAUUUUCAUGACCGUUGAAUUAGUCGGUGGCAUCAAAGCAAACAGUCUUGCAAUAUUGACCGAUGCAGCACAUUUGCUUUCUGAUGUUGCAGCAUUUGCAAUCUCCUUGUUUUCUUUAUGGGCUGCAGGAUGGGAAGCUACUCCUCGUCAGUCAUACGGAUUUUACAGAAUAGAGAUUCUUGGUGCUUUGGUUUCUAUUCAAUUAAUAUGGCUGCUCACUGGGAUUAUUGUAUAUCAAGCCAUUGAUAGACUUAUUACCGGUUCUCAAGAAGUCGAUGGUUUUCUAAUGUUUAUAGUUGCAGCAUUUGGUCUUGUGGUUAACAUCAUUAUGGCUGUGUUAUUAGGUCAUGAUCAUGGACACGGUCAUGGUCAUGACCACGGACACGGUCAUCAUGGCCACAGCCACGGACUUACAGUUUCUACUCAUGAUCUUACAAAAGAUGAGCACCACCAUCAUACUCAUGAACAUGGCCACGACACUCACCAUCACAAUGAAAACCACUCAAAAGAUGCACAUCAUCAUUCUCAUGAAGGCCACAUUCACCAUCACGGCCAAGAAGGUGUUACCGAACCACUUCUCGGUGAAUCAAAAGACAAGUCAAAGAAGAAGAGGAACAUAAAUGUGCAAGGCGCUUACCUCCACGUACUCGGCGACUCUAUCCAGAGUGUUGGAGUAAUGAUUGGUGGAGCAGUCAUAUGGUAUAAGCCUGAAUGGAAAAUAGUUGAUUUAAUUUGCACUCUUUUCUUUUCCUUAAUCGUUUUGGGAACAACUAUCAAUAUGCUGCGAAACAUUUUGGAAGUUCUGAUGGAAAGCACACCUCGCGAGAUCGAUGCUACUCAGCUUGAAAGAGGGAUAUUGGAAAUGGAAGAGGUAGUAGCUGUUCAUGAGCUGCACAUUUGGGCCAUUACAGUUGGGAAGGUUUUGCUAGCUUGUCAUGUUAAAAUCAACCGCGAUGCCGAUGCUGACAUGGUGUUGGACAAAGUUGUUGACUACAUCAGAAGGGUUUAUAACAUCAGUCAUGUAACUAUACAGAUCGAGCGUUAGUUUUCUUUUUGUUUUUCUCUAUUGAUUAUGAUGAAAGGAUUUAGAAUAGACUAUUUUCCAUUGUGUUUUUUGAACUCAAUUAUCUUUGACAAAAAUAGUACUUUUGUUACUCUUAUUAGGCAUUUUUAAGAAUGUGGAUUUGAGCAUUACAUAUUUCCAUG